AUGGCUGAUAUAGGAACCGUUAAUAGCUUCGUCUCAGAACUGUUGGCAAGCGGCCGUGCCAAGGCAAAUAAUGCGGUGAAGCUCCUGGCAUGUAUGGCGACAUGCAAACAGGAAGCUGCACUCAAAGCCGCCAUCCAGGGCCUGAAGCAGUUCUUCGUAGCUGCCGGGCAGGACGGUCUGCUUCUGGUGGCGGGCACCAGCGGGUCGGCGUCCAGACCCUCCAAACGACAGAAGGUCGCCUCCACUGCCUCCACCGCCGCCGCCGACGAUGAUGCCGCCGCCACCGCCGCCGCGACCACCACCUCCGCACGGGGCACCCCAGCUGACGCCGAGGCGCAGUACCGCGAAUGGCUGAGGCGCCAGUACGGCAACUUUGUCAGCCAGUUGCUAGCACUGGUCGCUGGCGCAGUAGCGCAUAACGGCGGCGGCCCGGGUACCUUCUCCGGGACGCUGUACGGCAGGCUGAUUUCCAGUGUACUGCUGAGCCCCGGAGUACGGCCUGAGGUGUUUGCGCUGUUGUUCAACAAGUACCUGCAUCUAGCAGACGUGCGCUUCUACACGUUGUCUACGAUCAAGGCGAUAGCCGCCAAGUACGGCCGUAAGGCGCUCUCGGCACCCCCUGUGGCAGUGGGUGGAGCGGAACAGACGGGAGCGGAGAAGGUGGAGGGAGAGGAGGAGGAGGAGGAGGAAGAAGAAGCGGCGGAUGCGGCGGCGGAUGCAGCGGCGACGGCGGCGGGUGAGGGUGCCGGCACCGGUGCCGCCGGCAGCGAUGGCGGAGGCGGCGUCGUCGUGAGCCUACCGGACCUGGCACGCAAUGCGUACGACGUGUUAUGUCACCUAACAGAGACGUUGCCGGACGACACCCGCGAGUGGAGCACUUGGUGCGGCGCCGCCGAGUUUAAUUUGGCGGUAGCGGCCGCGGACAAGAACGAGUCAGGCAGGCAUCGACGGAAGAGGAAGGAGCAGGAGGAGCGCGAAAAGCAGCAACAACAGCAACAACAACAACAGCAACAACAGCAGCAGCUGCGUGUGCCGUGGGCAAAUUCACUGACCCAGCGCCGACUGUACGGAGACGCCUGGCUCGCGUUGCUGGCUCUUCCCCUGCCGAGCGACGUCCUGCGUAAGGCUCUGGUUCGGUUGCCCGCCUCCGUCAUCCCGCACAUGACCGCUCCCCAGCUGCUGGCGGACUUCCUGACGCACUGCCUCAACCGGGGGGGCCUGACGGGCAUGCUGGCGCUUAACGGACUGUUUCUGCUGGUUACCCGACACGGGUUGGAGUAUCCGCAGUUCUACUCGCGCCUCUACCAACUGUUGGUGCCCGAGGCUUUUGCUGCCCGCACCCGCGCCCAGUUCUUCCGCCUCGCCGAUAUCUUCCUGUCGUCGUCCCUGGUUCCAGCAUACACGGUGGCCGCCUUUGUCAAGCGCUUUGCCCGCCUGGCCCUGAGCGCCCCGCCCGCCGGAGCCAUGAUUGCCAUCGCCUUCAUCCACAACCUGCUGCGCCGCCAUCCCGCGCUGAACGUCAUGCUGCACAAACCCAACCCUAACCCCAGCACCGGCGAUGGCGAUGGCGGAGCUGGCUCAGCGAUUGACGGUGAUCCCGCCGUUGCUGAGCGAGCGGAGGCGGAGGCUGUGGCGUCGAAGUCCCAACUGGGUGUAGAUCCGUUUGAUGAGGCGGAGGUGGACCCCGCCAAAAGCCGGGCUGUGGAGAGCUCGCUUUGGGAGCAUCAGAAUCAGCAACACAUGCACGCUUUGGCGCCUGUGCCGGGGUACGAGGCAGUAGACGCUGCCAUCAGGCAAGCUCUCGCCGACCCGACACAGCGUGUGACAGUAUUAAAAUGCGAGGACCUUGUGGAGAAGUUCCUCGCGGACCCCGUGCAAGAAGCCCUGCAAUUCCCCGCCUCCUUUACCAGUUAUCAGCGGAUGUUGGCGCACCGGGUUGGUCAGUACUAUGGCCUUCAGACCAGCACCGUCGACUUUGAAGAAUCGCAGGGAAGGGUGCUUGCAAUCCGCACCGAGCAUUGUCGAGCACCAAAGCCACGUCUUCGUGAUCUGGAUGUUCGCUCCGACCCCGUCGCACAGCGCACCAACAUGGCGAGCGGUCUAGUCGGACAGGUUGCGGACAAGCCCCGGUUGUUGCGGCGCCCAGAAGACGAGCGCUCGCAGCAGAACAGCUCGGAACAUUCCCUAAAUCAGUCGCCUGCGAGGACCUUUAAGGAAAGGCAAGAGAAUUACCUGAAGGCGCGCGAGGAGCUGGGCCUUGGGAACGGGCCUCAGGAUGGCUACGGUGCAGGCCGCGGUGGACGCGGUGCGCCCGGCGGGCGCUUUGGUCCGGGUAGCCGUAUCGACAGCGGGCGCGGCCGAAAGGCCGUCUUUAGGGACAAGGACAAGGACCUGUCAGACCCGGACUACCGCCGUGGGAUGAAUCGGUUUAAUGGGGCGGCACGGUUCGACCCAGCGUAUGCAGCGAUGCCGGCCGGAGGCAUCUAUCAGGUGCCCACAUACGCCUCCGAGGGGCAGGCCGGCCCGGGAGCGUGGGGCCAGCAGCCACAGCAACAAGGUCCCGGCGUCCGGCCGCCUCCGCCUCCGCCGCCACCUCACCACCAUACAGCUGGCCCUGCAGGUGCAGCAGGGGCCGGCGGUGGAGGCACCGGGACCGGAGGUUCAAACGGGAAGACGCACCACCCGGCGAGCGGGGGGGGAGGCCCUGGCAGCGGCACGCUGGGCGGUCGCCAGCAGCCACAGCAACAGCAGCAAGCAUUCGGGCCGGCCAUGGGAGCAGCGGCGCCUUAUCCCGGAGUGGGAACUCAGUACCCAGUGCCUGUCGCAGUGGGCACGGCCGGCUUCAUGUCCGCGGCCCCGGGUCAGCAUGUGUUUGGGAUGGCAGCUCACGGGAAUGCAAUUCCAGGGGCGAUGUACACAGCACCAGCGCCAGGCGUCAGCGGGGCCUUCUACCCCGGUGUUGGCGUCGGCAUGGGCAUGGGCGCGAUGGGCAUGGCGGUGCCCACCGCCCCCGCGUACGGCUACAUCACGCCGGCGCCUGGUGUGGGCAUGGGUGUUGGAGCCCAGGGGGAGGCGAUUGCCCUGCCGCCUGGCAGCUACCCCGUGUAUGCCAGUUAUGCCGCAGGGACGACCAUGUACCCGGCAGCAGCAGCGCAGAUGGCCCAGCCGGCGGCUAUGCACCCGGGCGCUGGGGCCGCAAUCCCUGUACGGCCCAUGUAUGGUGUCCCUACCUUCUACCACAGCUAUGAUCCCUCGCAGUACGCCGCCGCGGGGCCGGGCAUGCAGUCCCACG